AAUUCUAAUAAUGGAGGUGCUGCAAAUUUUAAUACUGUUCUAAUCACAGUAGGUAUAUGUAUUAAUAUUUGGUAAGUACUAAGUAAUUAUGGUAGAGGAUGUUGGUGAGCUGCUGACAAAAGCAGGUUUGGAGGAGUUCUUGGACAAUUUCAAGCAGCAGGGGUUCACUACCGGGGAAUCUUUGAUGAUAUUGACAAUGCAAGAUUAUCCAAAGUUUGGCAUUGUGCAUACAGAAGACAAAAGAAAGUUGUUUCAAAUUAUACAGCAACAGAAACAGAGCAAGUCUAAGGACGGCAGUAAGAGAAUGUCUUCUGUAAUCGCUCGUCUCACUUCAUCUGAACGCAAAUCAAAAGAGAAGAAAGAGUCAACCCCUGAACCCACACCCCCCAAUAGCACAUAUUUCAACCGGGCAACGUUUUUACGUCGCAGUUUUAACAAAACAAAAGGCAAUGAUAACGAGCCCUCCUUACAGAGAUCCACUAAACAAAGCAUGUCCUCCCGAAAUAUGACGUCGCGUGAGAGAAACCGCUGUGCAUCAUCGCAACCUGCUCUUUCUAACAAGAAAAUAUCGUCUUCCGCUUCAGCUGAAAACAUAAACAACCUCAAGUUAAAUAACGGAAGCCACCUACUCCGCAAGUCUGCUAGCGGAAAAACUGUGUCGUAUCUGGGGAAAACAGAAUCAAACCCUCCCAUUCGUACCCGGUCAAAAACCACUUCAGUAUUUACCAGCUCGACAGACAAAGCAAGACCAACAUCAGCGUCUAAAGUUUCAGAUAAGAUAAAAGUUUGUGUUCGAAAACGUCCCCUGAACCGAAGAGAGAAAACCCGGAACGAAGAGGAUGUUGUAGAGAUCCCGUCUGGCAAUCAGUGCUUUGUGUAUGAGAGUAAAACAUCUGUUGAUUUAUCAAAGUUCGUACAGAAGCACUGUUACAUGUUUGAUAGGGCUUUUGGUGAGGCAGCGGAUAAUGAGCUGGUUUACUGCAACACAGCUAAACCCCUCGUAGACUGGGUCUUCCAAGGGAACAAAGCCACUUGUUUCGCUUACGGCCAGACGGGCUCUGGCAAAACUUAUACUAUGAUAGGAACUAAGCAGUUUCCAGGUAUAGUUACGCUGGCAGCAAGGGAUAUUUUCUCCACCAUAAAAUCUCAGAAAUAUGGAACCGGUUUUAAAGUUUACGUUAGUUUUUACGAAAUAUACUGUGGGCAACUCUUCGAUCUUAUCAACAAACGAAAAAGGUUAAACGCUCUAGAGAACGCUAAAAAAGCUAUCUGUAUAGUUGGUUUGACUGAGAGACUAGUUAACUCCCACACCAGUGUUAUAGACUUGGUAAAUCAAGGAGGGAAUAGGAGGAGUAGUGGUAGUACGAGUGUUAACGCAGAAUCCUCCAGAUCUCACGCUAUCUUACAAAUAGAACUGAGAACUGAAUCUGAUACCCCCAAGGGAAAGUUUUCGUUUAUAGACCUGGCUGGUAGUGAACGAGCAGCUGAUGUUAGCGACACAAGUAAACAAACUAGGAUGGAAGGAGCUGAAAUAAACACUAGUCUUUUAGCUUUGAAAGAGUGUAUUCGGGCCCUGGAUCAAGAGUCAAAACACACUCCUUUCAGACAGAGCAAACUUACACAGGUGUUAAGGGACUCGUUUAUAGGGAAUAGUAAAACGUGUAUGAUAGCUUCAAUAUCUCCCUGUUGCUCAAGUUGUGAGGACACACUCAACACUCUCCGAUACGCAGACAGAGUGAAAGAGCUGGGAAGAGACGGCAACACUCCGAGUGAGAUAUCCACGAGCAGUGCACAAGACGAGACACCCCUCCACUCAAGACGAGACAGUGCACAAGACGAGACACCCCUCCACUCAAGACGAGACAGUGCACAAGACGAGACACCUCUCCACUCACCUCCUGCUGUCUCCCUCGUCAGCUCCUCUCCCUCCCCUCCACGCACAUCACAACAACGCCCCCAUACCAGCCCCGAUGCCCUGAGUGGGCUGUGCGCAGAUAACUUUCCUCUGGACACGUCUGAUGUUGCGAGUGAUCUGCCUAGUGAUGUUUCCCUACUGUCGAGAACUGACAGCGACGCAAGCUCAUCCUCUCAUACCAAGAUUUCACCCGAACCGAAUAACAAUCACGGAAGCAAUGGUGUCAGUCAGUGGUUAGAUGAAGUUGAUGCGCCGGUGUUGGAAAGAUCUAGAACAAUGGCCUCAGCUCCUCGUGCUAGAAUUCAAGUUUCUGAGAACAAGAUGAAAAAAGCUCAGGAAGAUCUGAUAGGGUCCCAUCAGAUUCACAUUUCUCAAGUCACCAACCUCUGUACUAUUGAGGCAGAGCUUCUCCAGCAUUACUCCGAUGGUCAUUUGGAGUUUGGGGAGUAUUUAAAGAAGUUAGAAACUAUUUUGGAGAGUAAAAACAAAUGUGUGGAGAGUCUGCGGGCUCAGGUUGCGUGUUAUUCGCUACGAGCUGCUUAUUGAACAGUGGUUAAGAUCUGACCAAAAAAGGAACUAUUACGUGAACAAAUCAGACCAAUGGACAAACCCCACUCAAGGGCAUUCUUCAAUGUCAUAUGUUAUUUGCCAAGAAAGAAACGAUUUGAUGCCACAAGUAGACAUCAACUCAUUUCAAAAAUUGACGAGUAUGUUCGUGUAAUUUAAUCAAGAAUUCUUUAUAAUAAUGGAGCUAACUCUAGGUUUAACCAGGACUCACAUCAUUAUUAACUAUGUAUUAUAAACCUUACUAAUUUCAUGUUAGAUAAUUCAUAAUUAGUUGAGAUGUUGUAGAUUAGUUUAUAAUCGCGGGAUAAAUUAUUAAAUUAGGAGAUUCAGUGAAAUAUGAUCAGCAGAAUAUAACAGAAUUAUACCUUAAAAUAACUUUAUUAAUAUUAUUGGAGUAACAUAAAGGUAACAUUGUUUAUCUCCUUCUUACUCGUAUACAGUGUAUAGUACGAGUAUACUAUACUGAUUUGACCUUGUAUUUUACAUUUUACUCUAUAUUUGCCAGGAUUAUUCUGCUAAUUGGACACUCUACAGUUUGCUGCUGUAAAGUAUUUUAUUGGAGGUAACAUUUUUGCAGAGCACUGCUUUCUUGACCUCAUCAUCCUUUUUGUUUCUGGGGAAUUAUAGGAACAAGUUAAAUUAAGAUGAAAUAUGUAAAAUGAUGAUAAAAUAAAUAUUAAUAUUAUCAUUGAUGAAAAGACGAAUUUAUUUUGGUAAUUGAUGAAGAUUUUUGUGUAAAUGUAUUCUUGUGUAAAGUGUACAGUUCAUUGUUUUAAAGUCGACUCUCUCCUUCAGAUAUGUAAAAAAUUCGCGAAAACAACAAAAUUUUAGUUGCAAAAACUGGGCAAUAAUUUAAACAUUUUUUCAACCCUUGAAAAUUCUUCACGAUCUUUGAUAGACCCACAUUCCACAAUGUUCUAAAGGGGGCCGGGGGGUUCACCCUGAUUUAAACUUAAGGAGUUACAUUUUAUGAGAGUCGACUAAGUUGCUUUAAUUUUCUAGCAUGUAAAAAGUUCAAUCCU